UGGCUGACUGAUUGAUUGGUUGCCAGGCGUUCCGCAUUGCCAGCCUGUAGAGGCGGCUCUUAUUUUUCCCCCACAGCAAUAACACUUUUAUGGAUUGGGAGAAAGGACAGGUGUUAGACUGAUGGAGCUCUGAUUCACGAGCGGAUCAUGAGAGAGAGAGAGAGAGAGAGAGAGAGAGAGAGAGAGAUUUGUCUGUGUGUUUGGCUGUAUAUGCUGUAGAUAAACAGGUAGGUAAAGGUUAAAGACGACGAUUUACACUCUUAAGGAGUUUGAAGAACAAAAAGAAAAACAAAAGAAGUUUUAAGAGAUCCUGAAAUUGCUACAGGCGAUACCAAAAGUUGAAGGCCUCAGAAACAACAGAAAAAUAAUAUGCUAGCCUCUGCUUAAUUCUCUGUCUACAGCAUUAUACACCGUUCCUGUUCUUAUGGUAACCAUGGCAUAGUAUCACUUGGAUUGCCAAUGGCAUGGACUGAGCAGUGGAUGAUAGCAAGGAUUAGCAUUGACUUUACUAACAUGGACUGAUAUUAGUUUGGAAUAUCUGCCAUGUCUGACUGUAAUGCCAGCUCUGUGGAACAAUGUGGCUUGCUUGGACCCGCAGAACCAGAGAUGCAGGAGGUUCAGACUAGUUUGAUUCCUGUUGUGAUAAGGGUGGCCUUGGCCACCAUCAUGAUAUUCAUGAUCACCAUUGGUUUCUUGGGCAAUUCAAUAGUGUGUUUGAUCGUCUAUCAGAAGCCAGCAAUGCGAUCAGCUAUCAAUCUGCUUCUAGCCACGCUAGCCUUCUCAGACAUUAUGCUUUCUCUGCUGUGUAUGCCUUUCACUGCUGUGACUGUGGCCUCCACUGACUGGAGUUUCAGAGUAGGGUUCUGCCGAGCCUCUGUCAUGCUUUACUGGUUCUUUGUUCUGGAAGGCGUCUCCAUCCUGCUCAUCAUCAGCGUGGAUCGCUUUCUUAUUAUCGUGCAGCGGCAGGACAAGUUAACACCACAUCGUGCCAAAGUUCUGAUUGCAGCCUCCUGGGCUCUGUCCUUCUGCGUGGCACUUCCAUCAAUUGUAAGCUGGAGGACAGGUAUUAUCGUGGAAAGAGUGCCCCAGUGUAUCCUGGGAUAUAGUGAGUCACUGGCAGAACGGGGUUACAUGGUGCUGCUAGCAGUGGCAGUGUUCUUUGUUCCAUUUAGUGUCAUGCUGUAUUCCUACAUGUGCAUUUUGAACACAGUGCGGAGAAAUGCGUUGCGCAUCCACACCCACGUUGCAGAAGACAAUGUGGGUCUUAAGCUGGGACUUACGGGUCUGCAACGCCCACCACAGGUCAACGUGGACAUGAGCUUUAAAACCAGAGCCUUCACCACCAUCCUCAUCCUCUUCAUUGGAUUUUCUGUGUGCUGGCUGCCUCAUACAGUGGUAAGCCUGUUGGCCGUUUUCAGCCACCGCUUCUAUGUCAGUCCAGCAUUUUAUCCAGUCAGCAUAGGGGCUCUGUGGCUCAGUUACCUGAAGGCUGUAUUUAACCCUGUCAUCUACUGCUGGAGGAUCCGCAAAUUUCGUGAAGCCUGUUUAGAUUUUAUCCCCAAAACUUGCAGACUCUGUCCCAAAAUCCCUGGGAGAAAUCAUAGGCGUAUAAGACCCAGCAAUAUUUAUAUCUGCAGCAGUGAGUCCCAGUCUGCAGUUUAGUAUUUGAAUUUGCAACAUGAAACAUGGUAACACUUUUCAUUUUUGGUUACAGUCCAUUAGAAACAUAUUAAUUACAAUCCCUGACUAUCACCUGCAUGGGAUACAAUGAGAAAUGUUUAUUUCAGCAGCACAGAUACCAGUUAUUGCAUGGGUUAUAGUUACUGGUGGUGAUUUUUAAAUCUGUGCAUUUAAGUUAAACAAACAAAAACAAAAGCCAUACUUAUUAACAAACAAACCACCAGUUUUCUAUUUGAUCUAAUACUGAAAAACAUGUACAACCAAAACAAAUAAUGAGAAGCCACAGUUUUAUUUUAAAGAAAUGUUUAGAAAGAAUCUUAACCACACAACCAUUUAAAACCCUAUCAAUAAUACCAAAUAAAUCACUUCUUGUAAAUUGUGUCAUCUGAGUGGAAAUACAGCAAUAAAAUAAUGCAAUAAUGCUGCAGUGCCUCAUGAUUAAGUGUGUAAUGAAAAAAAAGUUAUAUGUGAAGACACAGUUCUCAAAAUGCCAUUUAGAUUGUGAACAUAUAACCAUUUGUUUAUUUUUUUACAGAAGGCAUGCUGAAACAGAAAUCACUAAAAAAGAAAAAUGCAUUGAGUA